GACUUCCACAGUACGAGGAAACCAAACAGCAACAAUUUCAUAGUCGUAAUUUCAAAUCUUUUUGAAACUUUUUAAACAAAAAGAUUUAAGAAUGGAAAAUGAAAUUGAAAACGAGGCUUCCACAACAAUUGCUGAGGCUUCACUUCCGUCUCCUCAACAAUCCCCAGUUCGUGAAUCCCGGAGUCGUUCAAAAUCGAAUGAUUCAAUGAAAUCACAUAGUUCAAGCAAACAUUCUGACAACAACAGAUCCAGAAGCAACAGCCGUUCCCCCAUUCACUCUGAUAGCAACAGAAAAUCAAGAUCACCAACGAAUAAAGGAUCAAAAUCAAGAAGUCAUUCACCAAAAAGUCCUGUUGAUGUUCGAAAGUCCCGAUCAAGAAGUAACUCAGCAACAUCAAAUAAAUCGCGUUCACGUUCACGAUCUAAGUCAGGAAGCGUUGAUAGAAAAUCACGUUCCAGAUCUAGAAGCAAGUCAGUUGGCUCAAAGAAAUCGAAAAGUUCAUCAAGAUCAAGAUCAAGAUCAGGUUCGGGAAGUCGUUCACGAAGUGGUUCUCGUCGCAGCAGAAGUGGAUCCCGACGAAGCCGGAGUGGAUCCAGACGAAGCCGAAGUGGAUCCAGACGAAGCCGAAGUGGAUCUCGACGAAGCCGAAGCGGCUCUCGUAGAAGCAGAAGUGGAAGUAGAUCAAGUCGAAGCCGUAGUGGUUCAGCUGCUUCAAAGCGCAGUCGAAGCAGAUCGACAUCUUCCAGACGAUCUCGUUCAAAAAGUGGUUCGCCUGCAUCUAAACGUAGUCGCAGUGGAUCCGCAGCAUCAAAACGAAGUCGAAAUGCACGCAGCAAAAGUUCUUCAAGUAGUCGAUCACGUUCGGGAAGUGCAAAACGAAGUCGAUCAGGAUCGCCAUCCCCUCGAAAGAAACGAGCAAUACUCAGUGAUUCUGAAGAUGAAAAUGGAGAACCAGACGUUAAAAAGUCACGUCUAAAGAUCACCGAUUCUGAUCAUGAAGGUGAAGAACCAGCAGGCGAAGGUGGGACCGAAGAAGGUGCUGCAAAAGCUGCAGGAGGUUCAAGCGACGAUGAAGGUGUUAAUGACCGCGGUGCCGUUGGUCGAUCAUUUGCUUCUGACUUUGACGAAAUCCUUGCACGAUGCCGUGAAGGGAAAACUCGACGACGAAAACGUGGCGAUAUUAGUUUAAUUAAUGACAAUGAUGAUUUGAUAGCACAACUCUUGCAAAACAUGCGUUUGGCAGCUGAAGAAGAUCGCGAAUUGAAUUUAGAGAACCGUCCAGCUACGAAGAAAAUUUCAAUGUUGAAGUCAGUUAUGAGUCAGCUGAUCAAACGUGAUUUACAAUUAGCAUUUCUUGAGCAUAAUGUUUUGAAUGUGUUAACUGAUUGGCUUGCUCCAUUGCCAAAUCGAAGCUUACCGUGCUUGCAAAUACGUGAAAGUAUUUUAAAACUUCUCUCAGAUUUUCCAACAAUUGAUAAAUCUUAUUUGAAGCAGUCUGGGAUCGGGAAAGCUGUGAUGUACCUUUAUAAACAUCCGAAAGAAACAAAAGAGAAUCGUGAAAGAGCUGGAAGAUUAAUUUCUGAAUGGGCACGUCCAAUCUUUAAUCUUCAAACUGACUACAAAGCUUUGACACGCGAAGAACGUCAACAACGAGAUUUAGAGCAAAUGCCUAAAAAGCGACGAAAGAGUCCAGAAGCUGGAAGUGGAAAGCGUAAAGAAAUGUCGUUCAAUCAGCAAGAAGAGAAGACACUUAGACCUGGUGAUAAAGGCUACGUCGCAAGAGCUCGCGUUCCGAUGCCUUCCACCAAGGACUACGUCAUCCGACCUACUUCAACAAACGAUGUUGACAUGACUAGAAUUUCCAAAAAGAAGCCUAAUCGCUAUGAAAAGCAUAUGAAGAAGUUCUUAGAUGCGAAACGAAUGAAAAAUAUGAAAGGUUAUUCACAAAUUUCUAUUGAGGGUCGUAAAAUGGCUUUGUAAAAGAUUUUUCAUACAAAAUUAAUAAAAAGUUUUAACAGUUUAUUGAAAACUUCAAUCAAUAAACAUUUUAAUUAGUUUUUCAUAAUACCUAACUCAUAAUUGUGAAUUUUAUUCUUGGUGAUUACGAGAGUUUUUGUGAGAUUUUCAGAGAAGGAAAUUAUUGAGAAAAUGAUGUAAGGAAAACUUGAAU